AUGCGCAGGACGCCGCCCGAAGCCCGUGGGACCCCUACUCGGACUCUAUUUCCCAAAAGUCUGCGCGCCGCCGGACUUAGGGAACGAUGCAAAGGUCUCUGCCUCGUCCUGCGCAGCGGGUUGAGUGGUUGGUCCCGGGAGCCCAGGUUCUCUCCUUCCUCAGAGCCUUCGAAACUCUUAUUUCCUAUAGUCAUCUGCUUUGCAACCAACCUCACCACUUUGCAGAGAAGCAGCCGAGAUGUAAACCAGGUGCCUGAGCUGCUGCAGAACCGCACUGGUAGCCACGCCAGUCAACCGCCCAUCUGUGGAAUUCAGCUCAUCCUGCACAAGUGUGAGCUUGUCCAGCGCUGCUACCUGGAGGCAGUUGUGGGGGAGAGAAAGCAUCGUGGUGGAACUGUAAGUUCUAGACAAGCCCAGAAGCGAACUCGGGAGGCAGCCUGCACCCCUGAGAUUUCCUUGGAAGCAGAACCCAUAGAACUCGUGGAAACUGCUGGAGAUGAAAUCGUGGACCUCACUUGAGAAUCUUUAGAGCCUGUGGUGGUGGACCUGACUCACAAUGACUCUAUUGAAAUUGUUGACGAAAGGAGGAGGCCAAGGAGGAACGCAAGGAGGCUACGCCAAGACCAUGCCAACAGCUGCGUGGUGAGCAGUGAUGACAAGGAGUUGUCCAGAGACAGAGAUGUGUAUGGAACCACCCACACUCCCAGAAACGCCAGGGACGAGGGGGCCACAGGACUCAGGCCCUCUGGUACCGUCGGUUGUCCCAUCUGCAUGGACAGAUACUCAGAGAUGGUGCAGAAUGGACGUGUCAUUGUCUCUACAGAGUGUGGCCACGUCUUCUGUUGCCAGUGCCUCCGUGAUUCCCUAAAGAAUGCUAAUACUUGCCCAACUUGUAGGAAAAAGAUCAACCACAAACGGUGCCACCCCAUUUAUAUAUGA